CUGGCAGGAUCUCGGCGGAGUGCGGAUAUUCAUUAGCCUCUCGACCCGAAGGUUAAGGGUGACACAACAGCUAAAAUUCAGGUCAAACUUUGCAUGAGGGACGGAAUAUUUUAUCUCCAUACAUCAACAUUACAUUCUUGAGUGUCAAAACUCUCGUAUAAAAACUUGAAUACUUCAUAAUGGCCGAAGAACCCAUGACAGUGGACAGUCCAGACGCUUCAGAGUGGUCAGGGCGAUGGACACACAUUAGGAAACUCCUGGAAAGAACAGGACCAUUCGCUACUCCAGAAUUUGAGCCAAGUACAGAGCUGCUUGGGAUCAUGUUGGAGCAUCUACGAGUCUUGGUAAUCGGUGCUGGAGGUCUUGGCUGUGAGAUACUCAAAGACUUGGCUCUGAGUGGUUUUCGUCAGAUUGAUGUUAUUGACAUGGAUACUAUAGAUCUUUCAAACUUGAAUAGACAGUUCCUGUUUCGAACCAAGGAUGUUGGUAAAGGAAAGGCAACAGUAGCAGCUGAUUUCAUCAAUGACAGAGUUGCAGGCUGUAAAGUCACACCUCACUUUGAUAGAAUUGAAAGUUUUGAUGAAACUUUUUACAGACAGUUCCAUUUGAUUGUAUGUGGCCUAGAUUCCAUCGUAGCAAGACGUUGGAUGAAUGGAAUGCUGCUCAGCAUGGUCGGGUAUGAUGAUGAAGGUAACAUGGACCCAGACACCAUUAAGCCUAUGAUAGACGGAGGUACAGAGGGGUUCAAAGGUAACGCCAGGGUCAUCAUGCCCGGGAUGACCCCAUGUAUAGAGUGCACCCUUGACCUCUACCCUCCUCAGGUGAACUUUCCCAUGUGCACCAUUGCUCAUACACCAAGGCUUCCAGAACACUGCAUUGAGUAUGCCAAGGUUCUACUCUGGCCACAAGAAGAUCCGUUUGGUGCUGGUAUUUUGUUAGAUGGAGAUGACCCUUCUCAUGUCCAGUGGAUCUUUGAGAAGGCUCAGGACAGAGCUGACCAGUACAACAUUACAGGAGUCACCUACAGAUUGACCCAAGGUGUUGUAAAGAGGAUCAUCCCAGCUGUAGCCUCAACCAAUGCAGUCAUUGCUGCUCAGUGUGUCACAGAAGCCUUCAAAAUUGCUACAAGUUGCUGCUUUCCUUUGAAGAAUUACAUGGUCUUCAAUGACACAGAUGGUUUAUACACAUACACAUAUGAGGCUGAAAGAAAGGAAGACUGUCUUGCAUGCAGUAGAAAACCCCAGAAUCUAGAGCUGCCAGAGGAUGCUACAUUACAAAUGCUAGUGGACCAUCUUACAGAGAGCAAUACAUUACAAAUGAAAGCACCAAGCAUCACGACGACAGUAGAUGGAAGGAAUAAAACAUUGUACAUGCAGAGUGUGGAAUCUAUCAGGAAAAGAACAAAGGAAAAUCUACCAAAGAAAUUAACAGAUCUGGGACUGUUAAGCGGUAAUGAAUUAGCUGUUGCAGAUGCUACAACUCCCUCCUGUCUCAUCUUCAUUCUCAAACUUGUACCAAAGUGAGAGUUUAUUAUGAAUUGGUACAACAUUAACAUGAUUUUGUAAUCCAUGUGUUCUGCUCUCAGUCUGUGAAAUGUAAAAACUGAAAGUUUUAUAAAUGAAAAAUUUCACUUCAUAGUAUUACUGUUGUAUGUAGAGUCGUCAUGAAGAUUCAAUUGUGACAAAUACCUCAAGUACAGUGAGGUUUAUAUGCACAUGCGGUUUCAUCCAAAAGCGGCAACUUGCUCUCUCUCUCUCUCUCUCUGGUUUUGUUUGUUUAUCAGUGAAUUAAAAGAGAGGUACAUUCAACAUCAAUGUUGUAAAACAAAAAAGCCAUACAGAGGGAAAGACAGUUAUGGUGCAAACUAUUUUCAAUUUCUUCUAUGCAAAGGUAGUAAUGUUAGCGUCUUUGUAUGUGUGUUUGCAUAUGUAUUUAUAUGAAAGGGGAAUGUCCUCAAGUUGACUACACUGGAUGGAAAGUACCUUUUAUUUGGCAAGUCCAAGCUAUUUCGUCUCCUACGUUACCGUUCACAUCUCAGAUUUUAAUAUACCAGGUACAUGUAUCUGAUCUACUGGAGCUUAUAUCAGACACAUUUGAUUUCAAUUUAUGUUCAGAACUCCUCCACACUUGAAAACAUAUGGUACACCGAAUAGCCUGGACUUGCCCAACAGAGAGAUCAUUUUGCAAUCUUUAUUAUUUUGUGAAGUGUGGCACAACAGUCUAUUUUGAGAGACCUACUCACUGAAAAGAACCCUUUUUAUGUAUACCAAACUCAAACUGUUCCUGGAUAUUAUUUCAAUGAACAAUCGUAAAUUUAUAACCUGUCCAAUGUAAGAAAUUCCACCCCAAAAGAAAAGAAGACCCAAGACAAUUUUAGUCAUGCUUCUGACUUGGAGACAUUCCAUCUGUUGAACUCAAGACUAGUCAUGAACAUAUAAGACACUGUAAAAUAUAGUGAAAUUAUAAAAUAAAAAUGUUGUGUUUUAAUACCACAAAUAAUGUAAUGUAAGAAUAUUUAUUUCUCACAUUAGCAUAAACUUUGAUACAUUGUAAUACUUCAUAGCGCCACUGACAUCCAAGUGUUGGAGAAAUAUAAGUUGUACAUGUAUCAAAGAAAACAGUGUUCUUCUUCUUCUUCUUCUUCAAGAUAAUCUGCCUCCUUCAAUACUGAAGAUUCUUGCAGAUGCCGUAUACUCGGCCUGGUUGGAGUAUGCAGGUGGACCACUAUAAAUUGUUUUGUAAUUGCAGAUAAUAUUAAUUGAUGAUUAUAAAAGCUUGUUGCUGAAACAAUCAUUCAUAAAUUUAUUUAGACGAAUUAAAGUGAAGGAUACAUGUACAUCAAGGGUAUUCCUGCAAUAUGCCACCAAUGUAUAUAAAGGCAGUACAUGUUUCAGUCUAUGUGUGCAAUUGCAUUAUCUUUGUUGGCCUAUAAAACUGAAGAAAUGCCCAUAACUUUCCCUCCAUUCUUAUUUUCGUUCACUCUGGAAAACUCUGGAAAUUUCAAACCCCAUAUAUAUGUCUGUCUUUAUACUUUUUGUACUGUAAAUUCCAAUGAAAAUGUAUGUUAAUGUCUCAGUGACUAUUUGAUAGUCCCUAAAUCCAACUGCUGGAUACAUGUAAAACAUGAGUAAAAGU